AAGCAUCGUGGCACGGCUUCAUGCGGUGUCUAUAUCGCAGCUAUAGUACCAUAGUAUCAGAUCAUCACGUGGUAUAUUAGGUCUGGGGUACAUCUCCUGCCGUCUCCCUCCCUUCUCCCUCCCUUCUCCCUUCCUUUCUUCUCCUCAACUCAUUCUUGAAUCGCCAAGCCUGCCCUUCACUCCCUCUAAUUUAUUUUAAUUUACACUUCUGCUUCUGGAAAGUAGAUUCCAUUCUUUACAUACUAUUACCACUUACUACCUUCACUUAAUCAAACUCAACCAAUACACUCUCUCUUCAACCACCACCAUGUCAUCCAACCAACUCCUCAUCGAGCUCCUCGAGCUCUCCUCCGGCAUCAACUCCUUCAACUCCCUCCAACUCCUCAACAUCCAACAAGAAAACUCCCUCUUCGCAUUCGCCCCCCAACUCCUCUCCUUCACCCAAUCCUGCGGCAACUCCCUCAACGAGCUCGAGCAGCUCGUCUCCUCCCCGGUGAACUCCCUGCUCCUCAACCUUGGCAACUCCGGCUCCAACGCUUGUCUCGAGGAGCUUUUGCAACUCGAGCAACUCUUCCUGUCCGGGAAUUCGAACAUCGACGGAGAGGAUCUCAACAAUGGAGAAGACCUGAAUAACGGCCAGGAUCUGAGCAACAGCACCGAUAUCAGUAACAGCACUUCGAGCGCGUCGUCUUCCAGCGCGGAUCUAAGCAACUCCACCGCCUCUGCAUCAAACGCCUCCGCGAACGCGGCGCCCGUCGCUGUCGCGCAGCAGGGAGCAAACGCUAAGGAUGGGCAGGAUGCCAAGGGUAAGAAGGACGGCAAGCGCUCUGAGAUCGUGCAGCGAUCGGGGGCUAGUAAGAGGCAGGUGCUUGGUGGGUUUGGGUUCGCUGCUUUGUUGAUGGCGGGCGCUUUUGCUUUGUAGGGUAGAGAGGCGAGGAGGUAUUCAGCUGUGCUGGGUUGUGAGGGGGAAGGGGGACGGGGAGAGGAGUUUAUGGUGGUAAAAUUGGCUUUUUGAGUGGAGGGUAAACUAGCUUGUGCUUUGAUUUGUGUUUGGAUUUUUUCCUAGGUCGUCGUCGCU